GAUUGGUUGACUUGCCACUGCUCUCUCGGCUACUCUCCAAAGCGUCACCUCCGCUGAUUGGCCACAGGAUACCUCUCAUUUUUUUACAUCUUUCUUUCUACGUUAUUUGUAAAGAAAUCUACCGACUAGGGUAUCGAUCGCAUGGGACGAAACACUAAGUAAGAAACAUAAUAUGAGUUGUACCGACGCACGGUGUAUGAGCAUGGUUUCAUGGAAAUGAAUAACAGAGGGGAGCACCUAUACAUUGUGCCUCAUGAGCUGGGAAGGGCUGCGAUUUUUGGGGGCUGAGUGAGGACGACAAGGAGCUGCGGAAAGGAAAAAGUCACCGCCGCGCGCCCUCGUGGCGCUUGCAAGCCCUUGUUUCCUGUGUCUCGCAUGACGAUACCUCCCUAAAUCACACUUUAGUGCGUAGUUGUUCAGAAAGCGUCCCUCCAUUUCUCUUUCAUCGUAGACGUUCUGAAGCAACAAGAGCCCCGGCAGUACAUUAUUAUUUUCUUUGCAUUACUUAAUAGUUGGUUUAUUGAUUAAAGUUAACUAUUACCUACAACAAUCCAUUGGAAGCGACUUCAAUCCCGCCACAAGGAUCCCGCCCACCUUUACAAUACAAAACACAUGAUGGAGAGGCCAGGACAAUCACAUGUAAGAAUAACUCGCCUUCACCUUGAAAGUGCAUUGGUUAAGAACGACGCAGGCGCUACUGUCCUGCCAUUUUACUAUCUGGACGCCAGCGAAGAUGAGAUUCCUGGCACAGUCUACCUCUUUGGUAAGAUCUUCAUCCCAAUAAUGAAGACGUACAUUUCCUGCUGCGUUGUAGUGACAAAUAUCCCCAAGAGGAUCUUUGUCCUCCCCAAUAGACCAUCAGGAUACGAUCUAGAGUCAUUAGGCCUUGCGUUCCCCGCGUUAGCGAAUCAGUAUGGUGUGACGCAUUAUUCAACGAGAGCUGUCACGAAGAACUAUGCAUUCCACAUGGAAGGAGUUCCACACGAGGCGGGUUACUUGCAAGUUGAAUAUCCACCGAGCUGCCCCACACUUCCACAGCACGGUGGUAGUCAGAAAGCCAUUCUCCAUAUUUUUGGCACUACUGCAAGUACCCUGGAGAUUCUAUUAACCGAUAGGGGAAUAAAAGGCCCCUCUUGGCUGGAAAUCCACAAUGUAGAGUUUAAUGAUUCUCAUGAAAAUAUUACGUGGUGUAAAAGUCACGUAUUGUGUAGAGAUAUGCAGACAAUUAGUGUUAUGAAAGAAGCCAGUGGCAUCAACCUGGAGAUUCCACCACUGAUCACAACAGUUGUGAAUAUAAGAACAAGGACAUUCGAAAAAGUUGAGAAAGUCAUCAUGAUCCAUACGCUUACACAGAAGAACUUGUGUAUUUCUGGUAAAUCAUCUAAAACAUCCGUGAUGGAGGAGAAGUGCUUCAUGUUUGCAGGCCUUGUAAAUGCUGGAAGCCAUUUUUUAGCCCAAGCCACGGGCAUCAACGUCUUCCAGCACCCCACGAUACAGGUUCUGCUCGAGGCUUUCCUAAACUACUUCACAACCCUGGAUCCAGACAUUUUGUUGGGCUACGAUUGCGAGGCAUCCUGGAGGGUAUUACUUAAUGGAGUCGCGGCAAUCGUACCAGUGCCCAAUGACUCUCGAAUUGGUAGAAUAAAAAAGGACAUGAUGAAGCUGAAGCGGCUUCAAAUUCGCACACCCAACAGUCUCCUGCAUCGACCCUUGUGCGACAUCAAAGUGGCCCUGAAGGAGGUUAACCCCAAGUUACUUCAAGGUGAGUUCGACACAGUUUGUUCAAAUAUUUUGAGAAGUAAAGUUGCAACUGGUCGACCACUGGCUCCUUGGAAGGUUAUUGAGUUUUUCAACUCAGCCAAGGGCAUGAUCGAUCUCAUUCAGACCACGCGAAUAGAGUCAGAUUGUAUACUGCAGGUAACUCGUUUCCUAAAUAUAAUUCCCCUCAUGGUGGAAAUGACGAAAGUCGCGGGUUACAUACUAUCAAAGACUCCGAGAUUUCUGCGAAAUGACAUGAACGAUUUCAUGCUGACGCACGCCUUCUACGAGGCAGGCUACAUUCUCCCUGAUCGCAAGGAGAACAAGGUUGUAAAGGACAUCCCGGGUGGUUUGGUAUUGGAUGCAAAUGUUGCAUUCUACGAUAACAUAGUCCUGCUGAUGGACUACAAAUCUCUCUAUCCUAGUAUCAUCCGGGAGUACAACCUCUGCUUCUCGACAAUGCCGGGGGUUUGCUAUAAGAAGUUGGAAGAUGUUCAAGUUGACCCUAGGAGACGGGCGGGAGUAAUUCCUAAAUUAGUUGAGAGAAUCAUUCAGAAUCGCGCGGAAACCAAACGUCUGAUGGAAUCGCCAUUCAUCCCACAAUCCAUGAAACUGGCAUAUGAAACACAACAACUAGCGCUGAAACUCAUAGUGAACACUCUGUACGGAUGUCUUGGUUCAGUGCAUUUUCGAUAUUACGCUCCCAAUUUGGCUGCUACCAUCACCAAAACUGGCCGGGAAUGUCUGAAGAUGGCAUGCACCAUAGCAGAGUCAUUAGGUUACGGUGUCAUUUAUGGUGACACAGAUUCCAUGAUGAUUGAUACCAAACAAAAGGAUCUGGACAUAGCUCUGAAGAUUGCUGACGGAAUCAGGGACACAGUACAAACACAGUACGACCAUAUCCAACUGGAGCAUGAGAGGACCUACAAAUAUGUCCUCGUAGCAAACAGGAAGCUAUACACUGGUCUUUACUUCACCCGUCGCUCCGAUGGCUCAACUGGUUUCCGUUUGGAAUCCAAAGGAAAACUCCUCAAAGAUACCUACUCUUGUGAGCUUGUCAAAACUGCUGUGUACUACGUUCUGAAUGAGGUCUUCAGUGAUCAGACCCACGAGGAGAAACUCGCCAAUAUUAAGACCUACCUCCAAGGAAUCGCAGGAAUGAAGAGGCAUAUCAUGUUGGAUGCGUUCAUUCCUUCUCUAGUGACGACUCAUAGGUUGAUUCGUGAACCAGAAGCCCACACUGGUAUCUACGCUCCACAUGCAGAUCUGGCAAUGCGGUUGAACAAGACAGCACCCAACACGUGGAGAGAGGGAGACUCCCUGUCUUACAUCAUCUGCGAGGAUGGGACAGACAAUCCUCCAGAAAAACGCUCCUAUCUCACGGAUACUAAGUUCAGACCUGAUAUGGAGUAUUAUUUAUCGGAGGAGGUCUUGCCACCGCUGGUACACCUCUUCAAGCCAAUUCCAGAAUUGCAACUUGAUUUUUUGGCCAGUUGUUUGGAAGUGAGUCCAGAACAGAAACAUCGAAAGACCAACACUCUGCAGAGUGAUGCGAAGGAACCUGCUACUGUUGAAGGAUUCUUUUUCAAAUGCAGAAAGUGUAAAACGAACAUAGAGAUGUGUGGAUUUUUCAGGAAAGAGGGGCUAAAAUAUGUUCCAGUUCUGGUGGCAUGUCCCGAGGCUAGCUGUGAUCGCGCUCCUUGGCAGUAUGUUGAUGGAAUCAUUGAUGAUUUGGCGGAACAUCUAUUCGAUUUUAUGGUGCAGCAUCCCCCCAACACGUUCUGUAUCUCUAGUAAAUGUGAUUGGGUCGCUCGGAACGAUGGAGACAAGCUCCGAGCCUGCCCCAAGUGCAAAUUACUGAAGAGCAUUCGGACUGAUUUAUCUGUGCCUGCUUGUUAUGCACGUGUUACUGUUCUUCGACAAUGGUUCAAUUGUACAGUUCAACGAGAGGAGGUGAAGGCUGAUCUCACACCGGAGAUUAUUGAGGCGUACCAGAAAGUGUUCACAUAUCUCACCACAUUCCUGGAUGAAAGGAAUGUCAGUGAUGUCGAUACAAAGCGGUUGGUUUACUGAAGGGGAGCCACUUUAAUUCCAAAGAGUUGCUCCGAGCGUCAAACAGAUGUCCUUGUAAUACCAACUUACCCAACCGGUAGGUUGACGGAACAUCUGAUUCUCAAUAUCAAUAUCUUGUAAAAGCAAUUAGACGGUAUUGUGGUUUGUCCAGGAG